AUGGUUACCGAUAUCAAGUCUGGCAACUUACCAAACUUUAGCGAUAAACUUGCUAAUGAUGAUGGUCGAAUAAGACUGGAACCUUAUGAAUGUAUCCAUGAGAAGUUGUCCAAAGGAUUCUUCCAGAAGUACUUCAAGAAGGAUCCAACAACAGUACGGCAAGAGCAGAUCAAAAAGAGACAAGAACAAACAAGUCCGCUCCAAUCAAGCCCGAGGAAGACUGAGAUCAAGUACCGCAAACCAAUGCGUAUCGCAUUCAACUUUGACAACAUCUAUGAAGACCCUCAUGCCUGCUAUGAGUAUGGACAGAAGAUUAUUCUGAUUGAAAGCGAUGAGUUGCAUGUACCAUCAUCACGAUGUACAUAUAACAAGAGUUGCGAAUAUACUUGCAAGACAUCGGAUUUGAUCACUACAGAGGUACAACUUUUCUUUACAAACUACAUCACUCCAACACUCAGAGAGAUUGUCGCAUCGUAUAUCCUGGUCGAUCCUGAGGAGCCUAAUCUAAUACUGGACGCUGGUUCAUACAACAAGACGAACGGAACAUGUCUAACACAUGUCAUAAUACCAGAGUAUUAUAUUACACAUGGUAUUGAUCAAGCUGACCUUGUUAUCUUUGUAACAAUUAGGCCACCAACAGAGAAGAACAUUGUUGCACACUCUGUACCUUGUAACUUUAGAGACUAUGGAACACAUUAUAGUCGACCAUUGGCAGCUUCAAUCAACUUCAAUCCUUCAUUCUUUACACAAUUCAUAUAUGACCCGCAUGACCUGACAUAUGAAGAGUAUAUCAAGGUCUCAUUACACGAGCUGACGCACUCGCUUGGCUUCAGUAGCAUGUUCCUAAGUUCAUUCAUUAAUGAAGAUGGUCAUCCAUAUGAUGCAUCAAUCGAGGUACAGAGGUCUGGAGUUACACCAAACGGUGAGCCAUACAACUAUUACAAGAGGGCUAUCAACUCACCUAAUGUCAAGAAAGUGAUAAGAAAUCACUUUGAUUGUAAAUCACUUGAAUACGCAGAGUUGGAGGACUCUGGUGGAUACCUGGACUGGGAGAGCCAUUGGGAGAAACGAGUUGUUGGAGAGGAGUUCAUGGUUGCCUGGGCAUCCCCUAUUAUGCCCGUGACACGACUGACCCUGGCGCUUCUCAAAGACACUGGAUGGUAUGACAUUGAUCUCACCAAGGCAGAGAAAUGGGUCUUUGGAAAGAACCUUGGAUGUGAUAUGCUCAAACAAUGUUACAACAAUACAUGGAACUAUCAAGGAUACUUUUGUUCAAGGGGUGGACAACCUGGAUGUACAUGUACGCGAAUGGGUAAAGGAGUGUGUAGAUUGGCGGUUUUGAACAACUUGGAGCCACAAUAUCAACACUUUGUGAACACGUCAUUGGGUGGAACAGAUGGAGUGUUUGAUUUCUGUCCAACAUAUCUUACAUCCUAUCCUGCCAGAGGCAAUUCACGUUACUGUAUUGAUAACUCAUUGUACUCAAACUUGGAUGCACAAUACCACGAGCUCUACAGUAUGAACUCACGAUGCUUUGAGUUUGUAUCACCAAACAAUUCCGUUGGACAGGCAUGUUGGGAAAUGAAGUAA